AUGGGUACGGCAGGUGGGCGACGGGAAGCUUUGACAGUUGUUGCGCUGUGCAUUGCUUGGUACACGCUUAGUUCAGCAAGUAAUGUAGUUGGAAAGCUUGCCAUGACUGAGUUUCCGUACCCCUUAACGGUGACAAUGGUGCAACUUUUAUCAGUAGUAGUGUAUAGUGCGCCGGCCUUUGCACUGUGCGGCGUGCGACGUGAACCUGAAUAUCCGCGCUCAUACUAUUGGCGAAUGCUCGUUCCCCUUGCUAUCGCCAAAUUCUUCACCACGUUGUUCUCUCAAGUUUCAAUAUGGAAAGUACCCAUCUCUUAUGCACAUACAGUGAAGGCGACGACGCCGCUGUGGACGGCGGCGCUGGCGCGCGUGCUGCUGGGCGAGCGGCAGCCGCGCGGCGUGCAGGUGGCGCUGCUGCUGAUUGCGCUGGGCGUGGCCGUGGCCUCGGCCACCGAGCUGCAGUUCCACGCGCUGGGGCUGGCCGCCGCGCUGGCCUCCGCCGCGCUGCUCAGCCUGCAGCACAUCUUCUCCAAGCGCGUCAUGCGCGACACCGGCGUGCACCACCUGCGCCUGCUGCAGAAGCUGGGCGGGCUGGCGCUGGUGCUGCUGCUGCCGGUGUGGGCGGUGUGCGAGGCGCGCGGGGCGGCGGGGAGCGCGUGGGGUGGGGCGGGCGGGGCGGGCGGGGCGCGGCUGGCGGCGGACGGCGCGCUGGCCUGGCUGCAGGCGCUGGCGGCGUUCAGCGUGCUGUCGCGCGUGUCGCCGCUGGCGUACGCCGUGGCGUCGGCGGCCAAGCGCGCGGCCGUGGUGGGCGCGUCGCUGCUGCUGCUGCGCAACCCCGCGCCGCCGCUCAACCUGGCCGGCAUGGCGCUGGCGGCGCUCGGCGUGCUCGCCUACAACCGCGCCAAGCUGCAGGCGCGCACGCACUCGCCGCACGCCCGCCCGCUGCUGCCCGUGUGA